AUGUCGAACCUCAACUCUUGGGAAGAUGACCCUGCGGCUCAGGAAGAGAACCUGGCCCAGCAGGCCCAGCAGAUGAACUUGGGCAACCAGCCCCAGGCCCAGUCGCAAGGCGGCUUCCGUCCUGGUGCCGCCUCCUUUACACCUGGCGCCCCAUCCUUUCAACCCGGACAACCCUAUGGCACAGGGGCUUACGGCGCCCCCCAGUACCAGCAAGGUUACUAUGGUGGCCAACAAGGCUACUAUUCACAGUACGGCGGCCAGCAGGGCUACGCGCAGUACGGGCAGGGUGGCUAUGGCAACGUCUACGGUCAGGGCCAGUACAAUCAGGGAUAUGGCCAAUAUCAGGGACAAGGAUUUCAAGGACAAGCCCCACAACAGCAACAAACACAAGCUCCUAGGCAAACUCCCACUAUUGCUAAGCGACCGACCGACACCGCUGCUGCGUCUUCCGAACCCGCGCCCAAGCCUACCGUUUCCAAGGAGGGCGGCACAAAGGUUUUGAGCAUCGGAGGUGAUGCUCCCAAGCCUAAGGCUAAGGUUCUCUCGAUUGGCGCCACGGCGCCUCCCAAGGAAGAAGCAAAGAAGGAGGAGGCUGCGCCAGAAUCCAAGGACUCCACGGCUGAAGAUGGAGCCAAGGUUGCGGCAGCAAAGGCGAUUGAGAAGACUGGCGAGAAGACCUCCUCGGAGAAUGCGUCCUCUGGCAAAACAUCCCCUACACCAUCCUCCGGGCGAUCUAGCCCUUCACGAGGCGGCUCUAAGGGCGUCACUCGUGAUGCCGUUGCUGUGGAGCAGGAGCAGACUGCUGAUGUCGAUGAGGAGACUUUGAAGGAUAUGUACGGCAAGGAGCAUGUCAACAUCAUCUUUAUCGGUCACGUUGAUGCUGGAAAGUCUACGCUUGGCGGUUCUAUUCUCGUGGUCACAGGCAUGGUCGAUCAGAGGACACUGGACAAGUAUAAGAAGGAGGCCAAGGAUAUGGGUAACCCAUCGUGGUACCUUUCAUGGGUUUUGGAUCUCACAAAUGAAGAAAGAUCAAAGGGUAAGACUGUCGAAGUUGGGCGAGGAUUUUUCGAGACGGAAAAGCGGAAGUACAGUGUUCUGGAUGCACCUGGCCACAAGACAUACGUGCCAAACAUGAUUGGCGGAGCCUCGCAAGCAGACGUUGGCAUUCUUGUCAUCAGUGCACGAAAGGGCGAGUACGAAACUGGAUUCGAGAAGGGUGGCCAGACACGUGAGCACGCCAUGCUGGCCAAGACCCAAGGUGUCAACAAGUUGGUCGUGGUGAUCAACAAGAUGGACGACCCGACAGUGGAAUGGUCACAUGAUCGUUACAAGGAGUGCACAACCAAACUGGCCACUUUCCUUAAAGGUACAGGAUACAACUUGAAGACAGAUGUGUUCUUCAUGCCGGCCGCGGCCCAGUCAUUGAUGAACAUCAAGGACAGGCUACCAGAAGGAGUCGCACCCUGGUACGAUGGACCAUCACUGCUGGAGUACCUUGACGAAAUGAAGGCCCUGGAACGGAAGAUCAAUGCGCCUUUCAUGAUGGCUGUGGCUGGCAAAUACCGCGACAUGGGCACCAUGAUCGAGGGCCGUGUUGAGGCCGGUGUGGUGAAGAAGGGCAUGACUUUGACCAUGAUGCCCAACAAGGCCAAGAUCGACGUCUCUGCAAUCUACGGCGAGCAGGAGGAUGAGAUUCCCCACGCACAGUGCGGUGACCAAGUACGACUGCGUCUCCGAGGUAUCGAGGAGGACGACAUCCUCCCCGGAUUUGUUCUCUGCUCGCCGAAGCGCCUGGUUCACUGUGUUAAGUCGUUUGACGCCCAGAUCCGCAUUUUGGAUCUGAAAUCUAUCCUGUCCGCGGGUUUUAACUGUGUGCUCCACGUCCACGCAGCGAUCGAAGAGGUCACAUUCGCAGCCCUACUGCACAGUCUUCAAAAGGGCACCAACCGCAAGAGCAAGCGACCACCGACGCACGCAAAGAGGGGUGACAGCAUUAUUGCGCGAAUGGAGGUGACUGGUGCCUCGGGUGCGGUGUGUGUUGAGAGAUUUGAGGACUACCCUCAGAUGGGUCGCUUUACGCUGCGUGACCAAGGCCAGACGAUCGCUAUUGGCAAGAUCAUCAAGCUCAACACUGAGGAAGCCGUCAAGAUGUCUUCCGAUAAGCCUCUGCCCUUCAUAUACCAGUUUGCCGCCGGCGCUGUCGCCGGUGUGUCAGAAAUUCUGGUUAUGUACCCACUGGACGUCGUCAAGACCAGAGUGCAAUUGCAGACCGGCAAGGGAGUUGGCGCGGACUCCUACAAUGGCAUGUUCGACUGCUUCCAGAAGAUUAUCCGACAUGAGGGUUUCUCCCGGCUGUACCGUGGCAUCACCGCCCCGAUUCUGAUGGAAGCGCCCAAGCGAGCCACCAAGUUCGCAGCCAACGACGAGUGGGGCAAGUUCUACAGGAAGGCAUUCGGCGCCGAGAAGAUGACGCAGCCGCUCUCCGUUCUCACCGGCGCGACCGCCGGAGCCACCGAGUCCUUCGUGGUCGUCCCCUUCGAGCUCGUCAAGAUCCGCCUGCAGGACAAGGCCAACGCGAGCAAGUACAACGGCAUGCUGGACGUGGUCGCCAAGACGGUCAGGCAGGAGGGCAUCCUCGCCAUGUACCAGGGCCUCGAGAGCACCUUGUGGAGGCACAUCCUGUGGAACGCGGGCUACUUCGGCUGCAUCUUCCAGGUGCGCCAGCUGCUCCCCAAGGCGGCCGACAAGAAGGGCCAGAUGGUCAAUGACAUCCUCGCGGGCACUGUCGGCGGCACUGUGGGAACGAUAUUGAACACGCCCCUGGAUGUCGUCAAGUCGCGCAUCCAGAACAGCGUCAAGGUGCCGGGUGUCACGCCCAAGUACAACUGGGCUUUCCCGGCUGUUGGCACGGUGCUGAAGGAGGAGGGUUUCGCGGCGCUGUACAAGGGUUUCCUGCCCAAAGUGCUGAGAUUAGGACCGGGUGGUGGUAUUCUUCUCGUGGUCUUCCAGGGCGUCACGGACUUUUUCAGGAAGCUUCAAAAGGAUUGA